GAGGGUUAGAGUUUUCUAUGGAGAUGGGAUUCGACGCCAUGGCCAACGACUCUCCAAUGGUUCCCGCGGAUGCGAGGGAAACCGGGAAGAAGAAGAGGGAGAAUAGGUCGGCGAAAUUGAAGCAGUGUAAGCUUGAUGCGAUGAGGGAGCAAUGGCUUUCUCAAGAGUUGGAUCCUAAAAAUUAUGAUGAGUUUAAUGUAUUUGUUAAGUUCCAUAAAAGAAAGAUUGGGUCUUGGAGAUUAUCCACAUGAGGAUACCAAAGAUGUUUGUGAAGAAAACAGAGCUCGUGAUCUCUUUUAUGCCCUUUGGAUACCUGAUCUUUUCAUGGAGAGGGUCCAAAAUUAUGGGCAGUACCCACUAUUUUGCCCUAAUGAAGCUUCGGGAUUGGCUGAUUACUGGGGCGAGGAGUUUGAAAAGCUAUACACAAAAUAUGAGAGAGGUAAAGGGCCAAAAAAGGUUGUUCAAGCACAAAGCCUCUGGUUUGAAGUUUUGAAGUCUCAGAUAGAAACUGGAACACCAUCUAUGCUAUAUAAGGAUAGUUGCAAUAGGAAAAGUAAUCAACAGUACCAGGGGACCAUAAAGUCUUCAAACUUGUGCACUGAAAUAAUAGAGUUUACAAGCCCUGCUGAAACUGCUGUGUGCAAUUUAGCUUCCAUUACAUUACCACGGUUUGUUAGGGACGUUCCUAUAGAAUCACACCCAUCUAAGUUCGUUGGAAGCAUUGGAUCAAAGAAUAUAUACUUUGAUUUUGACAAAUUGGCUGAGGUUACAACAAUAGUUACAGAAAACCUCAACAAAAUAAUCGAUGUUAAUUAUUACCCUGUUGAAACUGUAAGAAGAUCGAAUAUGAGGCAUAGGCCAAUUGGCAUUGGUGUCCAGGGUUUGGCUGGUACCUUCAUCUUGCUUGGCAUGCCUUUUGAUUCACAAGAGGCUCAAAAGCUGAACAAGGACAUAUUUGAGACAAUAUAUUAUCAUGCUUUAAAAGCUUCUUCAGAAAUUGCUGCAAAAGAAGGCACAUAUGAGACAUAUCAAGGAAGUCCCGUUAGUCAGGCAUGGCAUGAUAUGGAUGGAGGUUGCAAGGUGAUAGAUGGUGAAGGGGAGAUUAGUUUGGUGCGAUGCAGUGGGAAGAAGAAGCCAGAGACGUGAUGAAGGAAAGGCUUGCAACGUUGAUAAGACAUAAGGCACACUGUAGUCUUUAUUGUUCAAGUCUACAUAAUCAUGGUUUAUUUCUUUUCUGCUGUAGGUAUUAUGGGUAGGUUUUGAUUUAUUAGAUUUGCAUUUCAAAUUUAGAGGCCGAGAGUGCGGAGCGAUGAACCAUGUAAACCUAUGGUCUAAAGAAGUACAGGCUUUGUAAUUAGCAUAUUGUUGGAUUUGUUAAUAAAACAUGUGUCAAACACUUGUUAUUUGUUUAAUAGAAUUGCGUUUAAAUUUA